GUUGAGCUUAUGGAAAUGAUGAAGUUAACUGCUGCACCUAGUUUACCAGUAUUCAAUGAGAUGAUAAUCAAAGCAUUUCGUAUGCAAGAUUUGGAAUUGGGCUGGAAGCUAUUACAGCAAAUGUUGGAAGAACGGAAGCAGCCUAAAUGUGAAGUUUUUCUCACGUACCUACAACUCAUUACAAAGGAUUUAAUCACAUUCACAAAGGAAUUGGAAAAACUCUUCGGUUUCUUGAAAACACACGAUGUGGUUGUGACGAAGAAAACAGCAAAUGCUAUACAUGAAUUGGCAUGCCAGCACCCAAAGCUGUUAGAUGUGUCCCUAACUAAAUUAAAACGUCAGGGCAAAUGUGUUUCGUGUGGUCAUCAUUUAGAAAAUGUAUCACUCUCUGAUGAUGAUUUUCAAAAACUGCAGGAUGCAUUUUUGGAAAAGGUUCUAAUACGUAAAGAUGUCUUUCAAAAAUCUACACCAGAAGAAGUGAAACGUUUCGGUGAAUAUAUUGAACGAACUGGUCCAUACGACUGUGUUAUAGAUGGCUUGAAUGUAGCCUAUUCAAUGGGUAGUAAGAAACCGCCACAAGCUUUAGCUAAUUUGUUAGCAUCCGUGGUAAAAUAUUUCAAAAAUCGGAACAAACAUGUGUUGGUUUUGGGACGGAAACACAUGAAUAAAUGGCCCCAAAAGACAAUGCAAUAUGUGAAAGAAAACGCUGCAGUGUUUUUGGCAAAUGAUCUCUCUCAGGAUGAUCCCUUUAUGCUGUAUGCCACACUAAAAAGUGGCCAAACAACCGACUUCUUUUCACGAGAUUUCAUGAGACAGCAUGCGCAUUUAUUGGGUCCCGAUCUAAAAGUCAUAUUUCGACGAUGGCAGCAGGAACAUCAGUAUUCCCUGAUUACACAGACCGAAAGCGGUAAAAUACUUGUCAAAGAGCCAAUACGGCACCUGAUAUGCGCCCACAAAGUUCAACAACAUUGGCAUGUCCCCUACAAACAAGAAUAUGAACAACAUGUACCUGAUAGUUUUGAUAUACCCGAACACUGGAUGUGUAUUAAAAUAAAUAAAUAGAAAAAAAAACAAA